GAUUGCCGCUGUGCAACAGCAAUUAGUCGUCGAUAGUCGGUUCGCUCGUUCAGCAGCAUGAGGAUAGUGAUUUUGUCUCUUCUGGCCGGCGCCGCGUUUGCGCUGCAGCCGCAAAUGCCCGCCGAUCUGGCUUCCAAUGAGAUCCAGAGGCAGAUGUCCGGCGACAACCUGUUGUCCGACAUCAUGAACCAGUGCUUCCAGAGCCUCAACCUCGAAUCCAUGACCUGCAUGCGCGUCCGAGUCCUCAUGUACAUGAACCAGCUGAUGGGUCACAAUCAAGCCCGCCAGCCCCAGUUCCACCCCCACAUGCUGGAGCGCAAGGACAAUGGCCCCCUCCCCGACGCCGUGCCCCGCGACGAGGCCGCCGACGAGAAACUCGACCAGAUGAUUGCCACCAGCGUCGCCAGAUACGCUAAGAGCCACGUCUUCCAGGUGCAGCUGCCCGAGACCCUGUUCCAGGGCGUCCAGCUCACCUUCAACCCCAGCACCUUCGACCUCGACUACAAGUUCCCCGCCACCACCGAACGCAUGAGCAGGGGCAUGGCUGAAGCCCGCGGCAUCCUGAAGAAGAAGCUGCUGCUGCCCGUUCUGCUGCUGCUCAAGCUCAAGAUGAAGGCCCUGAUGCCCAUCCUGGUCCUCAUCUCCAGCAUCAAGGCUGUCAAGGCCCUGGUGAUCAGCAAAAUCGCCCUGCUGGUCGUGGUCGGCUUCGUCUUCAUGCAGCUGUGCAAGAAACUGGGCGGAGGCGGCAUGAUGCCCCCUGCCAUGAUGCCCGGCAUGCCCGAGAUGACCCCUGCUCCCCCCUCCGCCGGCUACGGCGCCCCUCCGAUGCCCUACAACGCGCCGUCCGCUCCCCAGAACUCGUACGGACCUGCCGAGACCUCCUGGGAGCCCACCGCCGCUGCCUCCUCCAACUCUUACAGCCGCGUCUACGACGCCCACCAGCUCGCCUACAAGAGCUACUACAACCCCCAGGGCGACGCCACCGUCCAGCCCCAGCAGACGUCCUCCUCGUCCGCUUCCAGCUCCACCCCUACCCAGUAAACCUCAGCCCUUUUCCACCUUUAGACGCAAAAUUAUACCUCUUCCUCCUCUCUUUUCCUGACCAAGUCAAUCACAUAGACUUUUCUGACUGUACCUUUUUAUCUGAUCGCUAUACGCAUACGCGAUAUUAUCCAGCAGCGCUCUCGCAUUUCCCCAGCUUUUGCUGUGCAGAAGUCCUAAAUUUAAUUUAUUGCCCCUUAAUUUAUUAUGUAUAUGAUAAGAGUUUUUAGAAAUAAAGAUUUUGAGAACUGACAGAAAA